ACACAGCAAACGUACAGCAAUUAUUAACAUUUUUCUGGGCCCUCAUGAGGCUGGAGAGUCAGUCAGUGGAGGAGUGGAGGUCCGGGAGCAGGCUCAACUUUCCCCGGGACACUAUCCUGCUUCCUCGGCGUCAUGACUCUCUACCACGGCCGUCUGCCGUCGCUCGGAGUGGCAUCCUCGGCUCUGAGCCUCUCCGCCCCCCCGCUGAUCUACUUGUACGGACGGGAAUGCGGAGGGGUCGUGCCGGCCGCCUUGAGCUUCGUGCCGGCCCGCCAGGAGCCCCCGCAGAAGCCGCCCUACAGCUACAUCGCGCUCAUCGCCAUGGCCAUCAAGAGCGCACCAGAGCAGCGCGCAACCCUCAGCGGCAUCUACCAGUUUAUCAUGGACCGGUUCCCGUUUUAUCACGACAACAAGCAGGGCUGGCAGAACUCCAUCCGCCACAACCUCUCCCUGAAUGACUGCUUCAUCAAAGUGCCCAGAGAGAAGGGCCGGCCCGGCAAAGGCAGCUACUGGACGCUGGACACCAAGUGUCUGGAUAUGUUUGAGAACGGCAACUACCGUCGGAGGAAGAGGAAGGCGAAAAGCCAGCAGGAGGCUCUGGACUCCAAAGCCGCUGGACACAAGCGCACCAAGGGCCCGGGACCCUCCAGGGACCCUCAGACUUCUAUGAAACACCAGACCGGCUCGGAGACAGCAGAGGUACCAGCGAGACGGGAUGCGGAGAGGACGGAAGCACAACCAGACACGAAACCUGUCCUUGUCGAGUUUAACCACGCCGAACAGCCGCAGAGUCACCCCACACAAAGACCGAAAGCGUCCCCCAGCCAACACACCCUUGCGUCCAUCGGGAGGCGGCUUGACGCGCCGCAGCCUGAGCCGUGUCCCGCUCCGAGACACGCUCCGCUGUGGGCGGACGGUGCGCAUGUUCUUGGCGCGUCCCUCCGCUGGGAGCCGGAGGAGAGAAGGUCAGCGUUCAGCGGGAGAGAGAGAGAGAGAGGUCCGCUCUGCGCCGUCAGCUGCACAGGAAACACAAACUUGGCCGCACUUGCGCAGGACAGGCCGAAAGGAAACGCUCCGAGCAGGGAUAAAUCCAGGGGCUUUAGCAUCGACAGCAUCUUGUCGAGAAGCGAAGACGAAAUGCGCGGCAGCAUCCUCGGUCUGUCAGCGGAGACCUGCGCAGAGCGCCAGAGCCCAGGUUUCAGUCCGUCUGUGGUCCUCGAUGCUCGGCAGCAUCAGCUGUAUCAGAUGGGAUUCCCGCUCUGCCCCUACCUGUCACUCACCUGCCCUGACAAAGUGCUGCAUCUUAAAUGAGUGCGACUAUAAAUUCAGACUUCUAUGUAUUUUUGCGCUCGAAAGCCUGAAAGCGUCGAGUGUAAUUUAGCUUUACACGAUGACUUACUAUGAGACAGCUUCUUCUUUUUCAGCAUCUUCAGCAUCUGCAGUAACGUUCAGAGAGCAGCAGGAAGGCUUUAGAUUUAUCUUCACGCAUGCGUAACUGUGGUUAUUUUCAAUCCGUUUUCCCAGAACUGAUGCUCCUUAAAGUCUGCGGCGGCGCGUUUUAAUGCUUUAUACAACACAAAGUUAGAAGUAUAUGAUGAUUUUAACACUGUCGUGUGAAUACGCAGGGAGAGCUCAUGUAUACGGUGCUUUUCUCUUCAUCCAUGAUGAUGAAAACCCCCAGAGUACAUGUGUUUGUUGUAUUAAUUCAAGGAGAAGAGUCUUUGAAGUGAUGACUGGGCCCCCGUAGCCUAUAUAGUAUCUCUGGAGAUAUUGUACAAUAUAAGAAUGAAGUUAAGUGCUGAAUAAUGUAAUCCAAGCUGUUUUUACAUUCUGCUCUGCUCCGAAUUUCAUGUGCAAAAUAAAGUU